UGCCUGAGUCUCAGGUCUAUAUCUGAGACCAGAGCCUGGUGUGGUUCUAGAAUGAGAGAUGGGGCCUCAGGACAGAUGCCAAACAGGGGAGAGAGCCAGUGAGCUGAUUCAGGUGACUGGCUGCAGGAGAGGCAUAAAAAUGAAAGAUUUGGCCUCUGCCAAUGUCUGGGCUCAAGCUGAGGCUCAACCCUGGGCCAGAGACUCUGAGACUAGUGCCUUAGCACAUUGUGAGAGAGAGUCCCGGCAUCAUUGUGACCCGCUCACCCUCAGGACACUUUGGGUAAGGCAGGUGGGCCAGUUGACACUGUGGGCACAGGGGCUGGGGGCCUAAGGGCCCUGGUGGCCCUAGGGACCGCCAUGGCCAUGGCUGAGUGGCCACAGCCUGGCUGGGAUUCAGAUAACCCCAACAGCUGCCAGGACGUGGGCAACUCCAUCCUGUUGCUGCUGGGUUUCAUCAUCUGCAUUAACAUUAUCAUCAAUAUGGUGACCCUGCUCUGGAGCAGACUCCGAAUCAUCUUACACCGGGUAUUCCUUAUCAUUUGUGAAAAAGAAGCUGUUAACUCCUCCUCACCUGGGAAGCAGACCCAUCCCUCGAAGAAGGAGAGCUCCCCUGCAGUCCAUCUUCGAUGCACCAUGGACCCUGUGAAAAUGACUGUGACCCCCCCACCCACACGACGACAUCGCCGGCGAGCCUCUCCAUUGUGCCGAGUCCACAACCCAGCAGCUUGGGCUCCUGACACUGAUGAUGAGAAGCCCCCACCUCAGUACCCAGCAAUCUGCUCUCGCCACUGGGAUGGUUCCAAGGACUGGCAAGUCUUCCAAACCACCCAGAAACUCUGGGAUCCCUGGACACAGGACAUUCUGGAACCACUUCCCCAGACUAUCCGCUUCCAGCCCACUGUAGAGAGAAGGCCCCUCAAAACAGAGAUGCGGUCAGAGCUGGGACUAGAGGCCUAUGUAUACCCUGUGAACCCCCCACCUCCCAGCCCAGAGGCUCUGAGCCAUAAGAACAGUGGGGCAGGUGCAGAGGCUGAGGUAGAACAGUGCCAGCCUGCCUCGCCGCCCUUCCUGGGCCCAGUGAAUGUCCCCGAUAUCCCUCAGCGCUGCUCCUCAAUCCGAGUAGCGUAUGAUGCCCGGGAUGUGAGGCGGCGGCUUCGAGAACUGACCCGAGAGGUGGAGGCCUUGUCCCACUGCUAUCCCUUGGCCUCUGGAUCUAGCACUGCAGAGGGGACAGGAAAGGACUGGGUGUAUCGUCCCCUGACGGGGAAGUGAUGGGGAAAAAAAUAAA